GUCACAUUCCCAGAGGCUGCCAGUCAAACAAAGCUGUGUCCUCAGCUGAGGUCCUGGCUGCAAUGGUCGGGAGGCUGAACCUGCAGGAUGUCCCUGAUCUGCUCGACAUGAAGAAGAAGGGUGAGAGGGUUCUGGAUAGUCCAGAUUCUGGGCUCCCUCCCAGCCCCUGUCCCAGUAACUGGCUUUUGACUGCAGGAGUGGCAGAGAAAGCUAUUGAACAAGAACCUUCACCAGCACAGGGGAACUUGCCUCUUUUAAGUCUGACAAAUAACUGCAUUCCAAGACUGUGUCCUUUGUCUUUUGGAGAGGGUGUGGAGUUUGAUCCUUUGCCUCCUAAAGAAAUAAGGUACACCUCCUCAGUUAAAUAUGACUCUGAUAAACACUUCAUUGACAAUAUCUACAUGCCGGUCGGACUGGGCCUCUCCUCCUGCAGACAAACAGUGAUCUGCGUCCCAAAUUGCACAUGGCGCAACUAUAAAGCAGAGGUCUACUUUGAACCUAAGAAUAAGCCUCAGAGGUUCAUGAGCACCACUAUUGUGUAUCCAAAACAUACAAAAACUGUCUACACAACUACGUUGGAUUUCAACUGCAAGAAGUUUAUGAGGCGUUUUCUGUCAAGUGUAGAGUUGGAAGCUGCUGAUUGCUUAGGUGGUGAAUGCUACAUGGAUUAAUAUUGAAUUUAUAUAUCUCAUUCUGUUUGUUAACAUUAUUGAUUUGAGCUAUAAAAGGUAAUUAUAGUUGCAAGUUAAAUGUAACAAAACAAAAAAAGCCUUGUAUAGACGUGAAAAAUGUAAAGGUUAUCCAUAUGACGAUAAGUAAACCUGCUCAUUAAUUAAUUAUUUGGCUGACUGCACCAGUUACCAUUCAAGAAUUGUUGAAUUAUCUAAAAGAAUUAUAUGAUUUGGAUGUUAACUAUAUUAGUGUAAGGCAAAUAUUGUUUGUGAAACAGCAAUUAAGAUAUGGAUGUCCACCAAAGAAAAAAACAAACUAUGCUUCCUUAUACUUAACAAAAAUUACAUAAUUUAUGACAAAUUAGUUAUUUCAUAUGAAUGAUAAAGUUGGAGAUUUAGGACUUUAAAACUAAACUCAAAUAAAACAAGAACUUUACUGUCAUCAGUAGGAUUCCACAAUAACCUUACUGAGAUUGAUUUGAGACCAAAAAUGGGAAAAUGCUACAGGAGAGUUUUAGGGAAAAACUCACACAAAAUGACAUUUCUGGGGUGAGAUUAAAAUGUAAUACUUGACAUUGGAAUAAUUUCUGAUCCUCUGUUUCCGGUUUGUAUAGGAAAUAAAGCCCUUCAAAACUGAAAAAAAAAA